CUGGGCUUUUCACAGACUUCUAUAAAUCAGACAGAAACCAGCUGUAUUAGCAUGUUACUGUUGGUGCUGGGGUUAGGUGUGGUUUGGCUAUAGCAAUGAGGGAAUGUAUUUCUGUCCAUAUUGGCCAAGCUGGAGUUCAGAUGGGCAAUGCUUGUUGGGAACUCUACUGUCUAGAACAUGGGAUCCAGCCAGAUGGGACCAUUCCUACGGAUAAAGUAAAAGAACAACAUGAUUCGUCCUUUGGGACUUUCUUCAGUGACACUGGUUCAGGGAAGUAUGUGCCCAGAGCUGUGUUCAUAGACCUGGAACCUACCGUCAUAGAUGAGAUCAGAACUGGGAAGUACCGCUCACUUUUCCAUCCUGAGCAGCUCAUCAGUGGCAAGGAGGAUGCUGCCAAUAAUUAUGCCCGGGGCCAUUACACCAUUGGGAAGGAGAUAAUAGAUUCUGUUGUUGACAGGACUCGUAAAAUGGCUGACCAGUGUAGUGGUUUGCAAGGGUUCCUGGUCUUCCACAGCUUUGGAGGAGGCACGGGGUCUGGAUUCACUUCCCUCUUGAUGGAGCGCCUCUCGCUGGAUUAUGGGAAGAAGUCCAAGCUGGAGUUCUCGGUGUACCCAGCCCCACGGAUUUCGACAGCAGUGGUGGAGCCCUACAACUCCAUCCUGACCACCCACACCACGCUGGAGCACUCGGACUGCUCGUUCAUGGUGGACAACGAAGCCAUCUACGACAUCUGCAACCGGAACCUGGAUAUCGAGCGUCCCACCUACACCAACCUGAACAGGCUGAUAGGGCAGAUCGUGUCGUCCAUCACCGCUUCCCUGCGGUUUGAUGGGGCCUUGAACGUCGACCUUACAGAAUUCCAGACUAACUUGGUGCCCUACCCCAGGAUACACUUCCCCCUCACCACCUACGCACCCAUCAUCUCAGCGGAGAAGGCCUACCACGAGCAGCUGUCAGUGCCCGAGAUCACCAAUGCUUGCUUCGAGUUUGCCAACCAGAUGGUGAAAUGCGACCCUCGCCGAGGCAAGUACAUGGCUUGCUGCCUGCUGUACCGGGGGGAUGUGGUGCCCAAGGAUGUGAAUGCUGCUAUCGCGGCCAUCAAAACCAGGAGGUCAACCCAGUUUGUGGACUGGUGCCCAACUGGGUUUAAGGUGGGCAUCAACUACCAGCCUCCCACAGUGGUACCUGGGGGAGACCUGGCCAAAGUGCAGCGGGCAGUCUGCAUGCUGAGCAACACCACGGCCAUUGCCGAGGCGUGGGCCCGGCUAGAUCACAAGUUUGACCUGAUGUAUGCAAAGCGGGCCUUCGUGCACUGGUAUGUUGGGGAGGGGAUGGAGGAGGGCGAGUUCUCUGAAGCCAGGGAGGACAUGGCCGCUUUGGAGAAGGAUUAUGAAGAGGUUGGUCGGGAUUCUGCUGAUGGGGACGAAGAUGAUGAUGAAGAAUGUUAAUCUUUAAUUGCAAUCUCUUUUAAAUUGGAGAGCACCAAAUAUUUGGGUGAAGGAAUCAAACCUUUUAAACAGUGAUUUAAGAUUUGAAAUGCCACUUCAACUCUACAGCUCUGUCCUAUUAAAAAACUAAUUCAAUAAAUAAGCAAAGAUGAA